AUGUAUCGUACAAGUCAAGGCUCUUCUAGUAGUAGUAGGCAACGUUCUAAUACACCUCCGCGACAAUAUAUUAGACCAACCCGCCCUAUUCGCUCAUUCCUUACACGUAGACCAGUAUCUGAUGGUACAUUUGAUAGCAAUAUCAAUGUAGCCUACAGCCAAGUAAUAAGUGCUACUCCAUCUACUGGGAUGAUAAGGCGUUUACCUAAUAAUCUUUACCAAUCGAUAAGAGAACACGGGAAUGAGAACGUCUUGGUGAUGAACGACCUACCAGAACGAGAAUACAGCACAUCCGUCAUAGCAUUCACUACCACUAGUUGUAGACCCAUUUGCUCAUUUGUCUUAUUGUUGGUAGCUUUUGAUUUUGCUGCAGAUACCAUACGAUUUAUGAGACCACUAGGUGGUCAAUUUGUUACUAUCCAUGGUGAUAACUUAGACAAUUCUCCCUUGAGUAGCGACUCCAAUUCUCAUAGUUCUGGUAGUGGCUCUAGUAGCAGUAGCUCACCAAGCUCAAAUUCUGAUUCCGAGUCAGAUAGUGAUUCAGACUAUAUCUUUAGUAGUACUGAUGAAGAUAGUGAUGAAUCUGAAGAAAAUGAGUUAGAAGAUUAA